AAGAAAGAAAGAAAGUCAAACAUCAAGCGCUGCGUGAUUAUCACGCGUUGGCGAAACGCAAGUAAACGAAACUUUAAAUCAUUCUCGGUUUUGGGAGAAACAAAGACACGAGCAGAAAUGUGGGAACAUCGCGUUUAGUUCCUAACAUGUUGAGGAGAACACCAGACCACUGAAGAUGUGUUCUGUCACACUGAUGGACUGCGGGAAACUGAUGGAGACGAGAAAGCAAACCACAGCAGAAGAAGAAGAAGAUCACACUGAUGAAGAAGAAGAUGAUGAUGUCAUCGCUUCAGAUGAGAGCGGUGAUUCAUGUUGUGAUGGAGAAACGGCCUCUACAUCAAAACAGCGACUGACAGCACAAACUCUUUCCUGCAUCACCUGUGGAAAGACAUUCAGUUCACAGAGACGUUUAGAGACACAUGAGAGAAAACACACAGAACAGAAACUCUUCACCUGCACCAGAUGUGACAUCAGCUUUCCUACCUUACAAGAGAAGAGACGUCACUCACAAGAGCACAGAGACCACAAACACUUUCACUGCGGUGAAUGUGGAAACUAUUUCAGCACCAAAUCAAAUCUUGAUUCUCAUCAGAGAAUUCACACUGGAGAAAAGCCACACACGUGUCCUCACUGUGACAAGAGAUUCGGCCGUAAAACUCAUCUGAAGAGACAUGUGCGCAUACACACCGAUGAGAGACCGUAUGAGUGCAGUGAUUGUGGAAAAGGCUUCAGGGAUUCAGGUUGUCUCAAGUCGCACCAAAAAAUACACUCUGAGGAGAAACUCUAUCAGUGUUCACACUGUGAUAAACGCUUCCGUCACAAAUUUCAGCUGAGACCCCAUGAGAGAACUCACACUGGAGAGAAACCUUACCUCUGCUCUCACUGUGGAAAGAGCUUUUCCACGCCCAGUUCUAUUAGCGUUCAUCAAGCAGUUCACACUGGAGAGAAACCUCAUCAGUGCAGUGUUUGUGAGAAGAGUUUUAGUCGACUUGACAUUCUAUUGAAUCACCAGAGAACCCAUACUGGAGAAAAGCUACACAAAUGUUCUCAGUGUGACAGGAUAUUCGCUCGAUUAGAUGUCCUGAAACUCCAUGAGAGAGUUCACACUGGAGAGAAACCUUAUCACUGCUCCAUCUGUGGAGAGAGAUUCACUCAGUUAGGAAGUCUUCGAGCUCACCAGAAGAAACAUGCUGAAGAACAAACUGCACUGGAAUCAUCAUAGCGUCUUUUACUAGUUUUAUUUACAGCCUCUUUCACUUUCAUUCUUGUUGUCUUAAAAUCAGUUUUCUGGGAUCUGUGCAAGAAAGGAUCAGUCUGAAUCAUUCAGGGGCGGACAUCAAUUGUAAGUUAAUACAUUUCUCAUGCGAAUGAAACAUUAUUAUUAUGCAUAUUAUUAUUAUUAUUAUUACUCUUGGCAUGGACUAAUAGAGAACAUUCUAACCAAAGUAGAAAAGGUUGUCGACUUUGAGUCUGUAAAUGUGAUGAUUUUGUAAUUGCUCAAACUGUGUGUACAUGAUUUAUAUUGACUAUCACAUUGGCUGUUAUACUGUAUUAUCACUGUAUGUCUGGUGUAUUUAACCAAUAACCGUAUACGACUAUAAUAUCAUGCAGGAAAAUCUCACUGAUUUAGAAGCUUCUGACAAGCGUUGAGCCGCCUCUACUACGUGUUCAACAGUGCAGGAACUUGAGAACAAUGUGUGCAGUUUUAUUAUGACUUGCCAUAAUCUUAUUAAUGAGUUGGGCUGGGGUUCCCGAAACCUUCAUAUCACUAUGUCAUUCUUAAGAAUAUAUCGCUACCACUCUUCAGGUUUAACUUAAGAAUGACGUAGCGUUAAGAAGGUUUCGGGAAACCCAGCCUUGAUUUGUCUGAAUUUAAUAUUUACGGACUGACGCCGAACGGUCACUUGAAAUUGAAAUGGUUUAUAUUUUUACGCUUCAGCAGAUGCCGUGUGCUGGUUGUUUAAAAUUCCAAACGUAACAUUGUAAGAACGUUGUGACAACUUUCACCACAACAUGUAGAAACGGCAAUGUUCCACAUCGGAGGAAGAACAGACUAAUGAUGAUGAUUUUAUUCCCUCAGGUUCUUCUUCCUUACAUUUUUUAUUCUUUCGUGACAUUUUACUAAGGUGCGAAUUUCUAAUGUUUCUGUAAAAAGGGUCUUGUGUCACUUGCAUCAGUUAAAUAAUAAAUAAAUAACUCUAUUGCUGACUGAUGGAAGUGUUGAGAACUGUUUCAGAUGAGUGAUGUCUGUAACUAACUGCACGUUUGAGGUCCUGCUACAAUAUUUCACAAGAUUCAUUUUGAUAAUCAGUAAAAAUAUGUUCAGAAUGAUAUGCAAAUAUUGUUCUUGGUUUUUUUGUUGUCCACCCUGUGAUUAUUGUGUCCUCCCUGUUAUCCCAGAGUUUUUUAACUGUCCGU